UAUACCACUAAUGGAUUGUAGCCGCAGACCCUCACCCUCACCCUCACUCUCGAUCUCUCCGUCGACGCACCCCUCACCCUCACCCUCCCUCUCGAUCUCUCCGUCGCCGCCUCUACCUCAGCCAGCCGAUUGUAGCCGCACCGCCAUCGUCGCCGACCGAAUAGCACAGGCAGAAGGGACGAUUCGCACGGAGCGAAGAGCACAGGCCGAAGUAAGGAGACUUUACCAGGUGGAGUUUCAGUCAAUAAAAAGAGAGUUGAAAAAGGGCUUUCACAACUAAAGCUUAAAACAAUGGCCAUGAGUACUUAUCCCAAAAAAAUCAGAGCUCUAUCUCGCCGUUCUCCUGACUCCGCUACUCUCUCCAUUUCACUGUCAUCUCUUGGUUUUCCGAGGUACUCUUGCUCGUCUUUGGUGUGUGUGGCGUCGUCUCCGGUGGUGGCUGUUCUCUCUUCUUGUUAAAGAGCAAAUUGAAUUUGAAUUAGAAUGAUGAAAUUGCAAAAACACAAUCUUAGGAAUGAUUUACUGAUGCGAGCGACUGAGCGAGGCAGAGGCGUGGGGUACGAGUGCGAGUGCGGGUGCGGGUGCGGGUAGGCUUAACGGCGGUGGCGGUGGCAGUCGACUGGUAACUCGAAGGUGAAGCGGGGAAGAGUUUGAGAGAGUGAAAGCGCAUUUGACGUUGUCGCCUGCUGGCAUUGAGAACACAUAUCAUGAAUGACCAAGAUUCGUCUUCUCAAGUAAAAGCUCUCAAUCUUUUAUUUGAGUUGGAACGUAUUCUGGAAUCCGAUCCUAUAAUAGAUGAAGUGGGGUUUAUUCAUCCAUCCCAAUUUGAUACGCUGAAUGAAGAAGCAUAUCAGUUUGUCCCAUCCUCAGAUGACACUUUUAGCUCUAAGGUGCCUGACGUUGAUGCUUCUAAGCAUGUUAGUGUUGCUAGUUUUUGGAAUAAAGAUCACAAAUUGGGAAUCUCAACGGAGGUUCUUUUUCCAUUAUACCAGACAGCCAAACAUGCAUUCAUGGCUGCAAUUAAACAAUACAAGGCACUGGUAGACAGCUCGUCAAGUCACUCUUCAUCUUCUCAUGGCAAUGUUGAAAAUGAAGUUAUGAAGCAUAGCAGGGCUCUUUUGUUGCUAAGCUGCGAUUUUGGCACUGCGUGGCAUUCCAGGAAACUAGUUGUGUCGAAGAAAUAUCCUCCCUCUGUGUUGGUGUAUGAACUUCACUUGUCAGCACUUGUUCUAUCAUAUGCACCUAAAUGCGAACAUGCUUGGAGUCACAGGCGGUGGGUGAUCAAAUCAAUUGCUGGAAGAUGUCCAACUCUACAAAAUAUUUUGGAAAAAGAAUCUGAGCUGGUGGAGAAAAUAGCUGAGAGAUCAAAAAUGAAUUACCGUGCAUGGAAUCAUCGGAACUGGUUGGUUUCUUAUAUGUCAAAAGAACAGGUACUUCAUGAGCUAAAGAAAACCCGAAACUGGGCAGGCUUGCAUGUUGCUGAUAAUAGUUGCUUCCAUUAUCGCAGACGGCUAAUGCUUAGAAUUUUAGAGGACUCAAAAAUUGGGUCUUUCCAGUACUCUGUUGAUAUAAAUCAAUUGUGGGAGGACGAGCUUGAAUGGAAUGAAAUGCUGAUAAAGCUGUAUGUAGGAAGAGAGGCUCUAUGGCUUCAUCGCCGCUUCCUUGCUCCAAUUCUGUUAAAACGUUUUUCACUUGAUCACACCGACAUCAGGACCAGCAUUCAUAAGGACUCUGAUAAGUUUGUGGAUAAUGAGUUUAAUCUUCUUAGCUUAUGCUCAUCUGUUCCAGAAAGCAGCUUUGAGGACCACAAUGCACAAGCUUUGCAUUGUGCUACAUACAUGUUAUGGUUGCUUAAGUUUAUUGGGGUUGAAUUCCAAGAAAAGCUGAGAGUAGAGAACUUGAAGUCUGUUUUGAGCAAGACAUGCCCAGAAAAGUCCUUCUUAUGGGAUCAUUUAACGGAGAAUUAAAUCAUUAUACCGUAACACUUAUUGGUUUGUUAUAUAAUCAGCAUUUUAAUAUUAAUAUAUUUAUCUCAUCAAAUGAGUUAAAUCUAUUAUGUAAUAAACCAGGUUGUUAUGAGCCAUGAAUAAUUUGUAUUGGUUAGUUAUUAACCGUUUUUUUAAUUAUUACACUCCCCUUUUUGUAAUAAUAAUAAUAAUAAUAUAGUUUUUAUUUUUUAUUGGGUUAAUAUAAAAAAUUUGUUAAAUUAUUUA